AUGGCGAGCGUCCAGCCCGCCGCCGCUGGGCAGACCUCGAGUUCGCAUCCUUACACGUGCAACUCUUGUCAGGUCGCCUACCGUAAUAUCGAUCUUCAAAAGGCUCACAUGAAGAGUGACUGGCACCGAUAUAACCUGAAGCGACGAGUUGCCUCUUUGCCUCCCAUCACCGCCGAAAUCUUCACCGAAAAAGUCCUUCAAGCUCGUGCUGACACCACUGCCGAAGCUGACAAGGCCAUGUUUGAGCGUGCUUGUGAACCAUGUGGCAAGACAUAUUACAGCGAAAACGCCUACCGGAAUCACUUGCUAAGCCAGAAACACAAGCAAAACAAGGCUAACCCGGCCAAGAAACACGAUGACGAAACAACUUCUGUCAUGAGCUCAACAUUUUCUCUUGGAGAGCCGGCCUCUGCUGCUGACGAGGAUGAAGAUGUGGACUCUGCCGCCGAGGAUGAGUUCAACCAAGUGAUUGAAGGUCUCCAAAAGGCAAAGGUGGCUGAUCAGCGGCCCUCACCUGUCAAGAGACCGGCAGUUCCUCAUCCCGCUUCUGAGAGCGAAACUACUGGCACCGAAUCUACUCCCACCCCAGUACAGUCUGGAUCUGAGCGAGUAUGGACUUUGGGAACAUGUGUUUUCUGCAACUACGAAUCCGCUUCACCGCCUCUGAACGUACAGCACAUGGAACGCUUCCACGGAAUGUUUAUUCCAGAAAAGACAUACAUGGUCAACUUGGAGGGCCUCAUCGGAUAUUUGCAAGAAAGAAUUGGAGAGGACCACCAGUGUAUCAGCUGUGGCAAGUUCAAGAACAACCUCUUUGCUGUACAGACCCACAUGAGAGACAAGGGCCACUGCAAGAUCCCGUACGACACAGAGGAGGAUCAACUUGCAAUUGGCGACUACUACGAUUUCAGAAGUACAUACUCAGAUGGCGAGGAUGACGACGAAGAGUCGGACAGCGGCUCAACCGAAGACGGCAAUGGCGGGGCCAAGCUGGGCGCACGACGAGAGACCAAGGCCACUGGCCCUGAGGGAGAAGAGCUGGAGGAGGGAGAAGAUGGAGAUGGCUGGGAGACUGACAGCUCAGCUUCUUCCCUUGACUCUGAAGACUUGACUGCAGUCCCAGCGGAAGGUCACAUUCACCAGUAUGAGCGGUUGAGCAAACAUUCUCACCACAGCACAAACGACCCUCGAAAUCACCACCAAGCAGACGGAUGGCACUCCAAGGCUCACAAGCACACCCACGCAGCUUUCUACGACGAGUACGAGCUGCAUCUCCCGUCGGGCAGAUCCGUCGGUCACCGUUCCCUCAACAAAUACUACCGCCAGAACCUGUACAACCACCCUUCGGAGGAAGAGCGGGCAGAGCAGUUGCUGCUUGAAGGCGCGCGGAACGAAGAGGGCGUCGAGCCCAACAGCGAGAACCAAGUCGCCCUUAUCAAGAACCGCAGACGUGAGAUGGCACCUCGUGGUGCUAUUGGCAUGGCUGGCGUCUCUGACGAGAAGAAGCGCGUAGCACGCAAGGAUAUGCAACGCAACCGAGACCUGGAGCACUACCGGGCUAGGAAGACGGAGUACUCAUAUGGUAAGAAGAUGAACAACCAGAAGCACUACUAUUACCGCGACUUGGCGGGUGGUUAG